CCCGACAGCUGUGAGGAGAGGAAGAGCACAUGGCUCUGGCUAUUUUUAGAGUUCAUUCAGACCAGAACGUCUCUUUCCCUGAACGUGCUCCUUCUGGAUCUCUCCUCGGCUGAAAGUUCUGGAGAAGUUCACAAGUUCCGUGCGAGUUCAUAAGUACCCGAGACGAAUGCAGAACAAAGGAUAUAAACAAAGAAAAGUGACCAGUGAUAAAGUGAAAGUCAACCUCAAUAACAACCAGGCCAACAUGGCUCUACUGUGUUACAACAGAGGCUGCGGGGCUCGAUUUGACGCUGACAAAAACUCAGAUGAUGCCUGUCAGUUUCACCCCGGAGUGCCAAUCUUCCACGAUGCCUUAAAGGGCUGGUCCUGCUGUAAAAAGAGGACGACAGAUUUCUCAGAGUUCUUGUCAAUCAAGGGUUGCACUCGCGGGCGUCAUAGUAAUGAGAAACCUCAGGAGCCUCUGCAGCCGGAGGUGACGUCUGAGAAGGGAGACGUGAAGCAGAACAGUGGAAAGGAAAUUAUCUACCAGGGACCCAAAUCUGCAGAAGCCCUGGAAAAAGAGAGACCCAGCUCAGAUGAGCCACAGACAAAGCUGCGGGUGAAGAUCUCUCCCUCUCUGACUCAGAUCAUGGAGAAGAUGGAGAUCACUGAGAGGGAGAAGAGAGAGAAGCUAGAAAGUCAAGUCAUCAUAGUUGGGGUUAAGUGCAAGAACCCAGGAUGCAAAACAAUUUACCAGGGUCCAGAGACGAAUGCAGAGAUCUGCACAUAUCAUCCCGGGGUCCCCGUCUUCCAUGAAGGAUACAAAUACUGGAACUGCUGCUGCAUAAGAACCACCGACUUCAACGCCUUCCUGGAUCAGAAGGGCUGCACAACAGGAAAGCACUGCUGGAUCCCCAAACAGGACAAGAAGAAGGUGGCUUGCAGGCAUGAUUGGCACCAGACGGGAAACCAGGUCGUGAUCACAAUCUACGCCAAGAACUCCAGUCCAGAGCAAUCCUACGUGGAGGCAAACCGCACAGUGUUAACAUGCCACAUUCAGUUUGAGGGUGACAAAGUGUUUCAUAAGGACAUCCACUUAUGGGGGGUGAUUGAUGUGAAGAGCAGUUUUGUGAACAUGGUGCCCUCUAAGGUUGAGGUGACCAUGCAGAAGGCUGAUGCUGUAGCCUGGGGGAAACUUGAGGACCCCAAACACAAACCUGAGCCAGAGGUCACCGACGAGAUAAACACAGAACAGGAAGACGUCAAACCCGACUGGUACAUCUCAGAUGAUGACAUCAGUGAGUCUGACUUCGAAGACGAAGAGGAGAAAGAAGAGAGCGAGGAGAAAAAAGGAGAAAACCAGGCAGGUGAUGGACCACCUGAGCUAGAAGAGCCUGCUGCUGUCCCCCCAGAAAAAUGAACAUUCAUUCUGAGGUGUAAUGGUUGCGUUUCUGAGGUUAUGUUUUUGUUUAAAAUAUCACAUGGGCUUUAUAAAAAUGUGAAGUUAGCCUUUUUUUGUCUGCUAAAAUAUAUACCGUAUUUUCCAGACUAUAAGUCACACUUUUUUUCAUAGUUUGGCUGGUCCUGGGACUUAUAGUCAGGUGCGACUUAUUUAUCAAAAUUUUUGACAUGAACCGAGAGAGAUGAACCAAGAGAAAACAUUACCGUCUCCAGCCGCUCUAUACUGCUCAUUGCUCCUAUAGUCUACACUGAGCAGCAUAGAGCGCCCUCUCGCGGCUGUAGACGGUAAUGUUUUGUCUUGGUUAUUGCUUCUAAAUAAAUGCGACUUAUAGUCCAGUGCUACUUAUAUAUGUUUUUUUCCUCAUCAUGACGUAUUUUUGGACUGAUGCGCACUCAGGUGCGACUUAUAGUCCGAAAAAUACGGUAACUGUGUGCUUAAAAGUAAGAGAAGUCUUAAAAAUCUCUUCAAACGUUUGGGGUUGGUAAAACUUUUUUUUAUAUUUUUGAAAGAGAGUUCUGUUUUACCUGUUCUGACUUUAAAAUGUAGUUUAUUCCUUUGAUUGUAAAACUGAAUUUUCAGCAGCCAUUACUCCAGUCUUGUGAUCCUUGUGUAAAAAUAAAACCCUUUAAUUCCCA